AUGGCCAAGACCAAAGAGCCAAAAAUACAAAGAGAAGCUCACAUCUUGUGCUUUGCUUUCCCUGCACAAGGCCACAUAAGUCCUAUUCUUCAAUUCUGCAAGCGCCUGGCCUCUAAAGGGCUCAAAGUAACCCUAGUUUCCACCUGCACAUCUUCAACUACAAACAAGUUCUUCCAAACUCAGGCCAACUCCAUUAAAGUCGAAUUUAUUUCUGAUGGCACAGAAGAAGAGAAAAGUACGGUGAAAAGUACUGAAGAGUUCUUUGAGCUUUACAAGGUUUUGGUUUCUCAAAGCUUGUCUGAGUUCAUGGAGAAACAGCUUGGUUCUGAGAACCCACCGAAGUUUGUCAUUUAUGAUUCGAUUAUUCCAUGGAUUUUCGAUGUUGCUCGGAGUUUUGCGAUCGAAGCUGCUCCUUUUUUCACUCAACCUUGGGCUGUUAAUUCAGUUAAUUUUCAUUUUCUUCAAGGGAAAUUCAAAGUUCCCGUAGAAGAGCCUGUUUUGUCUUUGCCUUCUAUGCCACCGCUAAAGGUCACCGAUCUACCUUCAUAUUUUGAUAUCAAUGGCAGUUACCCACUUGCGCUUAGCGUGCUGGUGAAUCAAUUUACAAAUAUGGAGAAACCCAAGUGGCUCUUCUGUAACAGUUUUGAUAAGCUGGAAGAAGAGCUAGUGAAAUGGAUGGCAAGCAAAUACCCAGUCAAGAACAUUGGACCAAGCAUUCCAUCAAAAUACUUCUCCAAGCAGUGCUUGGAGAAUGACAAAGCUUACGGCCUCAGCCUCUUCAAACCCAACACUGACACUUGCAUGACAUGGCUAGACUCCAAGGACCCUGGUUCAGUAGUCUACGUAUCAUUUGGCAGCGUCGCCGACCUAGAAAAAGAUCAGAUGGAGGAAGUAGCAUGGGGCCUGAAGAAAAGCAACACCUUCUUCUUAUGGGUCGUUAGAGAAUCUGAAUCUGAAAAGCUUACGAAAAACUUCUCUGAGGAAACAUCUGACAAAGGUUUGAUCGUGACCUGGUGUUUGCAGCCUGAAGUUCUGGCUCACAAGUCAGUGGGGUGCUUCAUGACACAUUGCGGCUGGAAUUCCACACUCGAGGCGCUGUGUUUGGGCUUGCCGAUGGUGGCGAUGCCGCGGUUGUUCGACCAGACAACUAAUGCCAAGUAUGUUGAAGAUGUGUGGGGGGUGGGGGUUAGAGUUAGGCUGAAUGAAGAAAGAAUGGUAACAAGGGAGGAGGUUGAGGUUUGUAUAAGGGAAAUUAUGGAAGGGGAAAGAGGAAAGGAGAUUAGGAGGAACUCGGAGAAGUGGAAGAAGUUGGCUAAAGAGGCCAUAGAUGAAGGUGGAAGCUCUGAUAAGACCAUAGAGGAAUUGGUUCAAAAAAUUUUAUCUAGCUGA